AUGAGCACAAGAGCAAUGAUGUUGUCUAAGGUCUUGAAACUUUCUAUAUUUCUCAAUUUCAGUGUCUUGUUAGUUUUUCAAGUAUCAUUUGUUGCAGCAAGAGUCGAAGCUAACGAGACUAAACUUAUCUUUUACUAUGGACCUGAAUUUACCGAUUCUCAAAGUUAUGAGCUCACUGAAGCAGCAGAGAUAUUGAAAAACCCCCAUUUUCACCAGAACCAGGAAACCCACAUUUACUUACAUGGAUGGACUGAAUCACAAAAUUCUACUAGUACUCAUACAAUUGUUGAUGCUUAUUUGAAGCGAAGGGACUUAAAUCUCAUAACAGUUGAUUGGGCUAAAGCAGCUGAUGUAGGAUAUUUUGAAGCUGCUGCUGUGAAUAUUGAAUUGAUAGCUCCCGUACUAGCUGAUUCCAUUUUGGAUUUAUAUUAUGCGGGUAUAGACCGUAAGGACUUAAGGGUUGUAGGACACUCUCUGGGUGGUCAGCUGACUGGAAUGACUGGUCGAAAUGUCCUUAAGAAUUCAAAUAACAUAAUUCAAAUAUAUCGAAUUGAUCUUUUAGACCCAGCUUGGCCACUAUUUAUGCCAGGAUCAAUACCAAGCGUAAAUAAAAGUGAUGCAGAAUUUGUUCAAGUAAUUCACACAGAAUCUGGAACUUUUAGCCCGCCAUUGCCAUUAGGUCAUGUUGAUUUCUAUCCAAAUGGUGGAUCUAACCAACCUGGAUGUACCAAUGGAACUUUAUUUUAUAGUCCAAAUAGUUCCCAAGGUUCUUGUAGUCAUCAUAGAUCUUGGCAUUUUUGGGCCGAAAGUGUUGAAAAUGUAAAUGGUACAGAUCCAAAAUUUUUGGCAUUACCACUGAUUUCAUGGCCGGACACAGGACCAAUUGAAAUGGGAAUAAAUUGUCCAAUUAAUGUUGAAGGGAGUUAUUUCCUUACCACCAACAGUGAAUAUCCAUUUGCAAAAGGAGAGGAUGGAUUAGCAAGUUUUUGAAUUAUUUCAAGUUAAUAUUUAUUUAUGGUGUAGUAGAUAGUAAAUUAAUUGGAUUUUAC